GGAACCCAUAUCCGGACAACCCAUCCAAAGUUCAAGCUCGCCCCUAGAAGAUAUGGACCCUUCAAAAUAAUGGCAAAAAUAGGGACCCUGGCGUACAGACUUCAAAUUCCCCAACAAUGGAAGAUCCAUCUGGUGUUCCAUGCCGCAACACUCACCAAGUAUAGAGAAACCGAGGCACACGGGGAAAACUUCGCAAGACCACUACCGGAGGUAUUAAACGAUGAAGAACAUUACGAGGUGGAAAUGAUCGUGGAUUCAAAAAGACAAGGACGGGGAACCAAGUACUUGGUCAAGUGGGCGGGAUACCCCGAGGCAGACAACACCUGGGAA